AUGGAGAAAGCGGAAAGUUGUGGAUGUCAGAAGCUGUCAGCUACUACAAUACCCAAUGAGAGGUCUUUAUCACGGACGCCGUUAUCAGCUGGAGUCCAUGCCAACGCUUUGGCCGAUUCUCUAGGAGUUUCCCCGAUGUAUCGUCAAGUCGAGUACGUUUGCAAUUAAAAAGUUAGGUAUUAGUUCAGCUCGAUGGAACUCUGCCGCCCAACUGUACCAGUCGAGUAGAGCACAGUCGCCCACGCCUGGUGGAGUCCGUCUUCAGAUUCCGAGUAGUUAUGGAAGUGUGGCAAGGUAAGCUUUACUUUUAUUAGUAUUUUGCUUUUAGUACUCCAAUGGCAUCAGAAGACAUCGCCGCCAUGAAUAGGAAGCGGUUUCUGGAGAACGCUGAAGCCACUGAGAACGAAGGCUGCUUGGAGUUGGAAGCGAUAGCUGCCGUUCACGAGCUGUCUAACAAUGUCUUGAGCAUUUACGUGUCAGAAAUAUUACCCAGAACAGCAGACUUGAUCUUUGUAAAUGUGAAGACCGUGGAAGGUGAGGGUUUUACACUACCGUACAAACUUAAAGCAAAUACAAAACAAAAGAAUGAUAUUCAAAUAAAAUAACAUUGAAUGAACUUUUUGAUCGCAAAUAUUGUUUUAGAUCAAGCUUUUACAUUGGAGCUGACCAUGAAGGGAUGGAGGGUGGCUUCAACUCAUAGUGACAGCAUGAACGGCGACUAUAUGAAUGUAGGUCACUUGCGUAGCAAAUGACGGUCUGGUUUAGGUUGCUUUACACACAAAGUACUUUGACAACAUAAAGCAUGUUAUGAAUGAGAUAAGCCCUGGACACAACAAGAAGUUUGAGGAAUGUCUGUGUAGAAGACUGGAGUUACUUCAGAAGAGGAAAAGUCUCGAAGAAGUAAGUUUAACUUUGCAAUAACACGUACUUAUUUGGCAGAACGAACAAGGAAUCCAAACGUGA